UACAUAACUCCUAUCAAUGCCACGCUGACGUACCGCGUGGCCAUUGCCGAUUUGCAUUUCGAACGCCGGUUUGUGUCCCAUCCACUCCUUUGCACUUCUUCCCUCCCCUCCUCCUCCCUCUCCCUCCCCCCUCUAAAGCUAUUCAAGUGGCACACAGCAGGAUUAUCUCUCAGCCUCUGAGAAACGCCCGUUUGGUCGCACUCUCCUUUCUGGGCUCCCUUUAACGACACAGGUCAAUGUGAACAUUUGCUUUAACGGGUCAGACCUCUCAAUAUUUGGGAUACGUUUGGACGACAAGCAGAAAUCUUCUCGAGUGGUUUGCUUUUUUUUUUUUUUCCCGAACGGAGGCAAUGAUGCGUACGAGAAGCCAAGCACCGCUGCAGAGCACAGGUUCGCUUGAGGAAGAGCAUUGCGACGUCCACAAAAAUGUCUGGCUCCUACGAUGAAAGUGCGGGUGCUGACGACACCAUGGACAGCUUCUGGGAGGUGGGGAACUACAAACGUGCAGUCAAGAGAUUCGACGACGGCCAUCGACUGUGCAACGACCUGAUGGGCUGCCUGCAGGAACGGGCCAAGAUCGAAAAAGCUUACGGGGAUCAGCUAACCGCCUGGUCCAAGAGAUGGAGACAGCUCAUUGAGAAAGGCCCCCAGUAUGGCUCGGUGGAGAGGGCCUGGUUGGCCGUGAUGACGGAGGCAGAGAAGGUAAGCGAGCUGCACCAAGAUGUCAAGAACAACCUGAUGAAUGAAGAUGUGGAGAAAGUCAAGAACUGGCAGAAGGAGGCCUAUCACAAGCAAAUGAUUGGAGGCUUCAAAGAGGCAAAGGAGGCAGAGGAAGGAUUUAAGAAGGCUCAGAAACCCUGGGCAAAAAAACUCAAGGAGAUGGAGACGGCGAAGAAAGCGUACCACAUGGCUUGCAAGGAGGAGAAGCUGGCCGCCGCCCGAGAAGCCAACGGCAAGACUGAGGCUUCUGUCACGCCGGACCAGCAGAAGAAGCUCCAUGAGAAAGUGGACAAAUGCAAACAGGAUGUGCACAAAGCUAAAGAAAAAUACGAGAAGUCUCUGGAGGAGCUCAACAAGUGUGCGCCGCCCUACAUGGAGAGCAUGGAGCAGGUGUUCGACCAGUGCCAGCAACAUGAAGUGAAGAGGCUGACUUUCCUGAAGGAGGCCUUGCUGGACAUCAAACGCCACCUCAACCUCACAGAGAACCAAAGCUAUGCCACAAUAUACAGAGAACUGGAACGUACGAUCCUGUCAGCGAACACGCAAGAGGAUCUGAAGUGGUUCAGCAACAACCACGGGCCUGGCAUGCACAUGAACUGGCCCGCCUUUGAAGAGUACAACCCAGACCAGGCAAAUGCUCCCCCAAAGAAGAAGAAGCCGGAUGGAGCUCCUCCCACUCCGAGCACCGACCACGUGGCUCCUCCUGGUGACCGGAGCAGCGUGAGCAGCUACGAUAAGAACCAAGCAUACUCAACGGAGUGGUCCGAUGACGAGCAGCCCGCUGCAUACUCUGGCAAUGAAAACGGUGGGAACGGAAACUCGUUCGAAGAGGAUUCCAGCGCUGGAAAAGGUGUUCGCGUGCGAGCUCUCUAUGACUACGAUGGCCAAGAGCAAGAUGAACUCUCUUUCAAAGCAGGCGACGAGCUGACCAAGACCGAGGACGAAGACGAACAAGGCUGGUGUCGAGGUCGCUUGGACUCGGGUCGAGAGGGACUGUACCCGGCCAAUUACGUCGAGCCAAUCUAGGCCGGGCGGGUGGACAGCGAAAAGACGUGCUCCUGGAGGCAGCUUGAACCGCACCAUCAAAUUGCACCGCACAUAGCCAGAGACCUAAGAGCAACACUUGCCCAACAGAUGCGCCAAGCAGUCAUCCAAACUUAGUCACCUAAAUGACAAUAUAUCCGUACAGUAUAUCUUAUCCAGAUUUUGGGGCGGGUGGACUCGGCACAAUUCAAAACAAGAAUGGCAGGUAUGCCAGUAUAUACACAUUAAACUAUAUACUUCCUUGCCGGGAGCAAACGGUGUAGCUGUACAUAACGAACGAUGCAGCUUAUUUCAACUCUCCUGGAGUCUGUGGUGGAAAUGGAAGCUGAAUAUAAUCGGUUAUACCCAUCUGACAAAAAUAAGCUUCUCUAACCUGUAUUGUGUAUAUACAGUAUGAUGCCAUUUUUUGAGUAGCUUCUUUUUCUGUCCUCCCCCUUUUAAACGCUGCGUGUGCUCAGUCAUCAUUCUUACAUCAGGAAUGCCGUGUGUCGUGUUAAAAGUACCACAAAGAGUAUCCCCCUUAUUUUGGUUUUCGUGCUCCGGUUCAACAUCUUUCCCCUUGUGCGUCGUGUUCCUGUACUUGUGACUGUUUCUGGGCGUGCAUAGCAGCAUGCGCUAUGCAACGACUCCCACUCCCCGGAUCCCGCUGACCUCGUGAGGGCCACGACCCGAUGCAACGCUGCAAACUACAAAUGGCAGAAGUCACUUUUAAAGCACCGCAUGCGUCUGUCCUCGUGUGACGAAACUUGCUGACAAUUUGCUCGAUUUCUACGUUUGUCUCGGUGUCGUGCAAUCCAUUGAAAGGAGACGCGUUUCCGCAGCGGCUUUUCAUUCAGACCCGCGUCCCGCCGACAUCUACUUUUCAAUGACGAAGCAAAAGCCGGGUCGGCGCAUCCAACCGCAGUCUAAAGAGAGGUUUUGAACGAUGCCCACGUGAGCAUUUUUCGACCGGAAACGAUGUUGAGCUCCGGACUGCUGUGUGAAGACCAAGCCUCAGGUGUGACGAGGCCAGUGGAAAACACAGUACUUGACUGUCAGAAAAGCCCCCACUAGCUACGUGGCCCAUUUCUAUGCCGAGCCAAAGAAUGACCCCCUCCCAUCCGCUGUUUUCCCGCCAUGCAAUAACCUCACAUAUCACAUGACUAGACGAGAUCUUCUUGUAGCUGCCUCACGGUCCACCAAAGCUUCAUUUGUCUUCGCACCUCCGGUAAUGCGCCGCACGUACGACCCUUGCGGCGCAUUACGGGCUGAUUUCUCAUCUCGCAUUUUAGACGUGUUUGCGUCCGUUAAAUUGAUUUGUGCGCUGUCGUGUGAUGGGUGACUCCGAAAUUUGUGAGGAUGGUUGCGAUACAAAAGACGCCCUUGGUUUCGGAACGACUGUCAGAUGUGUUGCGCUCCGCAUGGAGCAGGAUUUGAUGGGUUUUUUUUUUUUUUAUGGUGUCACAAGUGAGGAGAAACACGUCACCGGCUCACAGGAUGCAUCUUACGAGUAAAGUUGUCCAGCAAAGCAAAAAGGACUUCUUGUUAUCAUCCAUAUCCCAUGCACAUGUACAGUACUCGCACACAGUGCAACACAAUACACACACAACACACAGACCCAGUAAGAACAGGAAUAAGAUUUUGAGGAAGACACCAUCCAGCCAUUUUUGAGCCAUUUUCAGGACGCUCCAGAUCCAGUAUUUAUGCAUUAUGUAAAAUAAAAAUGUAAAAAAAAAAAAAAAAAAA